AAAGAUUUGAAUCAAUCCACUGGUCACCGCUGGCUGUGUGAACCUCUGUCUCUGGCUGCGCGUUUCCGCGAUGGCACCAAAGGCUCAGGUGACUGCAGCCUCCAAGCGUACGGCCACGCCACCACCGAAGAAGAAAGAGGUGGUGCCAACACCCCGGCCGCCGGAAGCUGCUGCAAAGCCCGCUGCGACCAAGGCAGUGGCUCCGAGUGAAGAGAAGGCUCCGAACCUCAAAGGUGAGUGGGGGAACAUUGCUUUGCUGUGCUUACUGUACACAUUGCAGGGUAUUCCGCUGGGUCUUGGCCAAGUAUUCCCUCUCCUUUUGAAGGACCGUGGAGCUUCCUACACUGAUCUCGGCAUAUUUUCCCUGCAAUCUUGGCCGUUUGUGCUGAAAUUAUUUUGGGCGCCUUUGGUGGAUUCGGUGUACAUCCGCCAGAUGGGGCGCAGAAAGACCUGGAUGGUGCCCUCGCAGAUCGUCAUCGGCAUUCUGAUGCUCUACACGGCAUCCCAGCUGGAUGUCUUGCUGGGAGACUCGACCACUACCAGGCCCUCCACGCGGACGCUGACCGGCUUGUUUCUGGCCAUCAACUUCCUUUGCGCCACUCAAGACAUUGCAGCUACAGGGAGAUGUUCAAUGACUCUAGUCCUUAGCAGUGGGACAACCAAGUGGGUCGAUGGCUGGGCCUUGACGAUGCUUCGAAAGGAGAACUGCAACUACCAGGCCACCUGCAACGCCGCGGGGCAAACCUUCGGAUAUGCCUUGGGUUUCACUGGCUUUACUGCCUUGGAACAUUUCAAGCUCCUUUCGCUCUCAGGCUUUAUGUCAAGCAUGGGUCUCCUCUUCUUAGUGGUGACCGCGAUCGUGGCGAUCUUGAAGAAAGAGAAGCCCUUGCCACCAGAGGAAGAGCCAGAAGGAAUCCGGGAUGCUUACAUGCAGAUGCUGCGGAUGACCGGGCUGAGACCGAUCCAGCUUCUCUUCGUGAUGCUUUUCACCUGGAAGGUGCCCUUCGCUGUGUGCGAGUCUGUGGCCCCGGUGAAGUUCCAAGAGUAUGGCAUCCCUAAGGAGCACAUCACCUAUGUGACCUCCCUACUGAUGCCCAUGUACAUCAUGAUCCCCAUCGUGGCUGCCCGCUGGACCGGUGGCGCCAGACCUUUGCAGCUGGCCUUCUCCGUGUAUCCGUUGCGCCUGGCCACCGGGCCUUUGACUGCGAUCUUGGCUUUCUACACCCCUGCCUCUGUCUCUCCUAUCCCUUGGAUCUUCUACACUCUCCUGGUCUUUGUCAUUGCCGCCGCCGCCACCACCUCAGAGUUGAUGUUCGUGUCGCAGAUGGCCUUCUUCGCACACGUGAGCGAUCCAGCCUUGGGUGGUACAUAUAUGACCUUGCUGAACACCAUGGGCAACCUCGGUGGCCGCUGGCCGCCCACUGCCGCUUUCUUCUUGGUGGAUGUCUUGAGCUGCGAGAGUGAGAGCUGCUGGAUGAAGAUGGAUGGCUUCUAUACGGUGACCUUUCUGUGUACGAUCAUUGGGCUGAUUUGGCUUGUUUGCACGAGGAAGAUGAUCGAGGAUCUGCAAUCGCGGAAGUUACAGGAGUGGAAAGUGGCGCACACCGCCUAGCUGCAGCUGGUUUCGCUGAGGAGAAAGGCUCACACCGCCUAUAGAUCCAAAAGAGGCGCAGACGUGCGCAGGCUUGGUGGGCGCAAAGCUAGGUGCUGUACAGAAAUUCGGCACAGGCUUCAGUCGAGUUCAGACGACCAGCCCUGUGAGGUGCUUGAGAGUGCUUGGAAAGAUCGUGCUUGGGAGUGCU